AUUUUUGAUAAUAAUAACAAUGUAAUCAUAAACAUUAAUGAUAAUCUAAUGGAUUGCGGAGUAAUAAUCUCUGUUCACGCGGUGAAUCUGACGGAAGUUCAUCGAUACUUUUCAUCGAAACUUCCUCCGAUGCUGUUUUCAAUUCUUCUUCUCCCUUCUUUCCUCUUAGCUUCACCGCUUGCUGCUCACUGGUCCGCUCUCUCUCUCUCUUCUUCUCUCCCUUUCUCUUCAUUUCUAUAUAUAUGCUUCCACUUUUCUGUGCAAGUGUGUUGAAUUUACUGGACUAUCUGACGCUUGAACAGAAAAUUGCUGUUUCUGUGCUUUGAAUUAUUUUAUUUCUGAUGCCUAUGGAACUGUUCCUUUCUCUAGUUUUCCCGAAAAUUCGGUUUGUUUUGACUGUAAUGAUGAAUAUAGAGAAGAAUCGUGAGUUUUCCCCUGUGGUCGGUUUUUACUGAGAAAUCGAUUCUAAAAGAUGGUUAACUUGUUGUGGUGGGAUUAAAUACGAAUUUUCCUUGAGAGGUUUCGGAAUGGAUGAACUACUACUGGACUUCGUUCUCCAUUGGAUUCCAGUGCUUUAAUAUUUACUCUUUGUUGUUGAGUUCUAGUUUAUGAAUGCUUCCACCAGCUUCAUCGAAUUGGGGGGUGGGGUAUUUUGGUAGCUGUCUCCUAAUACUUGUUCCUGCUUUGACUCGGUUCUCGUCAAAGCUGUAAAGUUUGGGUUUGCAUUAACAUCUUUGCUAAUGGAAAGACCAGAGAAUCAUAGCAAUACCGAACACACGAUUGAUAUAACAAGCAGCAGUCAAGCUUCAUCAUCACUUGUAUCGCAUGAUCGUUCGGCAAAUAAUUUACAUCAGAAUGAUGAUCAGCCUUCUACUAGUGUGGCAACACCUGUUUAUCAGCGUGCUUUUUCUUCUACUAGUGGCUCGAGUACAAGGAAUUCAUCAUUUGUUCGAAGAGGAAAUGGUCGUGCCCGCCAUAGAAGUCCCUUAAAUUCUGGUCUUUGGAUUUCUGUAGAAUUGGUUUUGUUAGUGAGCCAAAUUGUUGCAGCUAUUGUUGUUUUGUCAUUAUCAAAGCAUGAGCACCCGCGGACUCCAUUGUAUAUUUGGAUUGUGGGUUAUGCAUCUGGAUGUGUAGUUAUCCUUCCUCUUCUUUAUUGGCGCUAUCGUUAUAGAAAUCAGAAUUCUGAACAGGAUUCUCAGCAGCAACAGAAUUCUUCCCGAGGUGACCUUUCAGCUGGACCUCCUUCAAGUUCGAGGAGUUCCGAAAGUGAAGGCCUAAGAACAACUGGUACAUCCUCUGGACGGGGUCCAAGUGGGGCAUUACCAAAUGCAAGACUUAAGGCACUUGUUGAAUAUUUAAAAAUAGCUCUAGAUUGCUUUUUUGCUGUGUGGUUUGUGGUGGGCAAUGUAUGGAUAUUUGGAGGACAUUCUUCCUAUUCUGAGGCUCCGAACAUGUAUAGGUUGUGCAUAGUGUUUCUAACCUUUAGUUGCAUUGGGUAUGCAAUGCCGUUUAUUCUCUGUGCAACAAUCUGUUGCUGCCUCCCUUGUAUAAUUUCUAUCUUGGGAUUUAGAGAAGAUUUAUCACAAAACAGAGGAGCGACGCCAGAAUCCAUCAAUUCUCUCCCUACUUAUAAAUUUAAGGUGAAGAAGAACAAAAGCAAAGAUAAUGCAGGAGCUGCAAUUGAAGGUGGGGUAAUAGCAGCAGGAACAGUAAAAGAGCGUCUGAUAUCUGGAGAGGAUGCGGUCUGCUGCAUUUGCUUAGCCAAGUAUGUUAACAAUGAAGAGCUUAGGGAGUUGCCAUGUUCUCAUUUCUUUCACAAGGAUUGUGUAGAUAAAUGGCUAAAGAUCAAUAACACAUGCCCACUCUGCAAAGCUGAGGUUGGGGAGACGCUUUUGGGUUCACUUACAGAAGCAACUGCCAAUUUGCAUGCCAGCUCUGUGUUUUAAGCUGGUUGUGUAAUAUGAUAGCACUUAGACACAUGAAUGCAGUGUUUCUAUGUGGACAUGGCGUUAAAACACAGAUCACCUACGCCAACUUUAUUUGGAAAUUUUCAUGUGUUAUUUUGUAGGGGGGGAGGUCCAUGGUCGAGUCGGUGGCGGCAAACUGCCUUGGUUUCGGACAUCGAGGGUUAUUUGUUUAUAUUAUGCAACACAUGAUAGAUAUAAGUAUAUAACUUAGAGUUGGACAUUUUACAUGUGUUUUCAUAUAUUGUAUGUCGGCAUUACUCAGAGUAUGUUAUUUAUAUUAAGAAUAUAGCAUAAACACAUUGCUCGGUUGAUUUGUCUAAUCCUUGUAUAUGUGAAAGAUUGGAUAAGUCAAGUCCAC